GCUCACCCGGCUGAGUCCUGCGCCGCCGCCGCGUUCAAGUCCAACCGCCGAUGCCGCCGCCACCCGCACGCCGAGAAAACGCGAUACGCCACCGACGCUCGUCCUCCAUUCACCCCGUCAACUACCCACUCGCCGUCACACGACUCACCCCCUCUGCCUGGGUCCUCGUGUCCUCGCCGCAGCCGGGUCUGCCGCCAAACGGCCGCCGGGAGCACCGACGCCACCACCGCUGCGCCACCACACGGCAAUGAUCGCGCCGCCCGGAACUAUGCGCCAGAUGUGUAAAUCGUAAUGCGAAGAUGGUGUGUUCCGAAUGUCCAAUGGUCCCAGUUGGUGUUGUGCGCCACCGUGCUGUUCCUGCUGGGCGGCCUGCACAUCUACAGAGGCCCCAACGGUGGGCCACUGCAGGCUUUGGACGAUGUGGUCGACGACGAGGACACAUCCGGUUCUACCCGGACGACUCAAGACGAUCGAGCGUAUCGAAGACUCAGGUUUCCGAAGACCAGCAGACGAUUGCCUCAGGCGAUCAUCAUCGGUGUGCGGAAAGGUGGCACGCGGGCGCUGUUGGAGAUGUUGUUCCUGCACAAGUCUGUGCAAAAGGCCAACGGCGAGGUGCACUUCUUCGACCGGGACGACAACUACGAACGUGGCUUGGACUGGUACAGGAGGCGAAUGCCGUACUCGUUCCCCAACCAAAUCACCAUUGAAAAAAGCCCCAGCUAUUUCGUGACACCAGAG